AUGGAAGAUCAAGAUACAAGGGAUCAAGUGACAAGUAAAGAGAUUCUUGAUGUUGCUUUUGAAAAGGGCAAGUCUACUUUCACGACACCAAGACAAACAAUUCAGGAUAUCGAAGAGUUAAAUUCUUACCAGCAGACCAAGAGAAGAGAAUUCGAACAACAUAUCCAUAAGAAUAGACUAAAUUUAAAACAAUGGAUACGAUACGCCAAAUGGGAGGUGGAAAAUAACCACGAUUUUGCUCGUGCUAGAUCCAUUUUUGAAAGAGCAUUAGAUGUCAAUAUUGAGCAUAUCCCAUUUUGGGUACAAUAUAUUGAACUUGAAUUAGCACAUAAGAACAUAAACCAUGCUAGAAAUUUGCUAGAUAGAGCCGUUAAAACACUUCCCAGAGUCAAUAAACUAUGGUUUCUUUACGUGUUGACUGAAGAAAUGUUAAAGAACUAUCAAAUGGUUAGGUCUGUAUUUGAAAAAUGGCUCGAAUGGCAUCCUGACGUGUCUGCAUGGGAUGCAUACAUUAGUUUUGAAGCAAGAUAUGAAGAAAUUGACAAUGUAAGAAGUAUUUUCAAGAGAUAUUUGGCAGAAUUCCCGGAAGGUACCACCUGGUGCAAAUGGCUCGAUUAUGAGAUUGAAAAUAACGAAAAGGAUAUACCCACCAUAAGGGCAGUAUUUGAAUCCGCAAUUGAUACAUUAUUAGUCGAGAACCCAGAAGAUGAAAAUAUUUUUGAUAUUGUUGUCCGAUGGUCAGAUUGGGAAGCUUCUUGUAAUGAAUCAGAUCGUGCACUUGAGAUUUACAAGAUAUUGCUUGAUGGAAAGAUAAAAAUCUCGUUGAAUCUUCGAAGCCGAUUACAAAUUGCAUUCAAUGAACUAAAAUCAAAAAUCACCAGGGGUACUAACACCAGUGGGACAAGUGAUCAAGGGAAGAAACAGAACCAGUACUUAUCAGCAAUCAAACAAAAUCCUAAUGAUUAUGAUUCGUGGUGGUUGUAUAUUAAAAGUUUAGAAAACAAUGGUGCUAAAUCUAUAAACGAGGUUAGAAAUUCUUUUAUCUCGGUAACUAGUAAUAAACCAACUGACACCUUCAAGUCUGGGGACUGGAGGAAAUAUAUUAUGUUUUGGAUAUGGUACGCUAUGUGGGAAGAGUUUGUCAAUGGGGAUAUAAACAGUUCUCGCCGAAUAUGGAACGACUGUUUGAAAAUUAUACCACACAGCCAGUUUUCAUUUGCCAAGAUUUGGAUUGGAUAUGCUGAAUUUGAAUUAAGGAAUAAUAGUGAAGGCGGUUUAACAAAGUUGCGUAAGAUAUUAGGUAAAGCAAUCGGUCAAACAAGUACACACGGACCAAAGACAAAGAUUUUCCGGUAUUACAUUGACUUUGAAAAGAAACUUGGAGAGUGGGAUCGUGUGCGCUUACUUUAUCAAAAAUGGCUAGAAGCUGCCAUAUCGACAGAUUCUCCAGCAGAGCAAAUUUUGCAGAGUUAUUUGGAGUUUGAAUCAUCUUUGGAGGAAUACGAUAGAUGCGAUCUAAUAUUAUCUGUGGCCAUUGAUUUGGCCAACAGUAAUGAAACUGGAGGAAGUUUAGAUAAGGAUACGGUGUUUGGUCUUUCGGUAGAGUUUUACAGGGAUGAAAUGAAAUAUGACAAGAUCCGCGAACUAUACAGAGCAUUAUUGGAGAACGAGCCAACUGCCAAUAACUGGAUCUCAUUUGCUUUAUUCGAGUCUUCUAUUCCAUCAGCAAAGCAAUUGGAUGAGUUUUUGCUUGGGAAUUCAGAAGAGUUUGAGGCGACAGUUGAUGAAGAACAGAUAUCAAAAACAAGAAAGCUUUUCACAGAAGCUGAAAGCUACUUCAAAGAAAAAAGAGACAACGAGUCCCGUUUGGCAGUUCUUGAAGCAUGGAAAGAGUACGAGGAGAUUAAUGGAACUGAUGACAGUCUUGCUGAAGUGGUUCGAAAGCUUCCUACUAGGGUGAAAAAGAGACGCACAGUUGACUUUAUCGAAGAAGAGUAUAUGGAAUACGUUUUCCCUGGCGAUGAAGAAGACCAAGCUCCAAAGGGAAUGAGUAAAUUCCUUGCCAAUGCUAAAAAAUGGGCAGCCACAUCAACAUGA